AUGGCUUACCUUCAUGCUAUCCUCAUACUGACAUGUCUACUCACCCACCUCGCAGUAACUCAACCAAACAACGCAGCGCCCGCCAUCCAUCUCCCACUGACCAGACGAGGAAAUCGUUUCUCCCGACGUGAAACAGCCAACCUGACAUAUCUGGCAGACAUCUUACAAGCUGUUGAAGCCAAGUACGCUUCCAGCUACCGUGAAGUCGAUGGGAAUCGUUUGGUACGGCGUUGGCGACUGAAGGACAAUGACGAUGAGAAUGACCCUCACUUGAUUGAUGUCGCUGGUCACCCGAAUCGUUGGUAUACGCAUCUCAAAGUGGGUGAGCCGCCGCAGGACUUGGAGGUGGAGCUCGACAUGUUGAGUCCGGAUUUCUACACCGUUGUUACCACGAGUGAGAGAGGGUCUGCAUAUAAUGCUUCUGGUUCGAGAUCUCACGGUCCGAGCGAUGACUCCGUCCACGCCAUCUGUCACAAUCCCAGCGACGAAUUCCACUUCACCAGCAACGACAUCACCAGCCCCAUCCGUCUAAACUUCCCAAUCUGCAGACCAUCCAAAGCCUCACGACAAACACUGACCAACUCCGGCACAUUCCUCGGCUUCUCACCUCCAUCAGAGUUCCUCUCCAAGCUCUCCUCCCCUUCACUACUAGACCAGCUCGUCAACCAAGGCAUCCUCAAGCACAAAAUCUGGUCGGUGGCCUUACUCGACACAGAAACCGGCAUCCUCAGCCUCGGCGGCACGAUCGCACGGGAAGUCGAGGAGACCAAGAUCCGCGUGGAGACGGAGCUGAAGCAUUUCGGCGAGUCGAUCGCCACGGCCGAAUGGGUGACGGCACAGGUCGAGGAGCAGAUGAAGUCGGCCAUGCCCAUGGCCUCGGCCUGGGACGAGCAUUUCAAGUGGACAGACGUCCAAGGUGCGGCGGGCUGGUGGACAGCGUUAAUGCUGGGUGUGUGGAUCAACGGUUCAAAGGUCCUCAAGAACCAACCGAUCCUCCUCGACGUCAACGUGCCCUUGAUCCUCGCGCCCCCUGUCGCCGUGCAACGCUUCUACGCCUCCAUCGGCGGCACGAAACGGCUGGCGGCCCCCUACGACGCAUUCCACGCGUUCCCCUGCCUCAACCGCGUCAACAUCGCGUUCGAGAUCGCCGGCUGGAAUUUCCCCGCCAUGGCGGGCGACGGCACGGCUUCGGAUGCGCUGUAUGGUCCCGCUGGGGGGAGGUUUAGUCUGGGGAAGCUGGGGGAUGGGAGUGGGUAUUGUGUUGGUAGUGUUGUCGAGAGUCGUAUGGCAGGGCCAGAGUGGAGGGCGAGUGGGUUGAGGGAUUUUUGGGUCCUGGGAGAGCCGUUUUUCAGAGGGCUCGGGGUCGUUUUCGAUACGGAGAAGGGGAGGGUUGGGGUUAGGAAUUAUUGA